CCCGGUCCCUCCUUCCAGCAGCAUCGGCCACACUGUACUGGUCUCUAUCUCAAAAAUUUUAAAUUAUUUAUUAAUUUUAUUUUCGUUUCCCCUCGUUUUGUUCAUUCUGUAUCUACAUGUGAAGGCAGAUUAGUUUUUUAAUUGGCUCGGCCAUGGAUUUCUUUCUCACAGAAAGCACAUUUAGCACCACAAAUUAUAACCAAACAGACAAGCGCCCACUUCAUAUAUGAGCUUAAAUCAGCCAUUUAUGGUGGUUGUCUUUACGUGGGUCUGUAAGUAUAAUAUCUCAUACUGUGGACUCUAGUUCAUCCUGAGAGACGAUCAAUCAUUCAAUCCCAUAGUCAUGCUUUUGUGUUUAGGCAGUCCAGAUUUUUCUUAGGAGGGUGUAAAGGGACAGGUGUCCCCCCCUUUUUCUCCUCACUUUGUUUUGUGAUAUUCGUAGAAUCUGAAUCCGCAUGCAUCGGACUCUGAAAUUUUUACUUUUUAGUGUUGGUGGAUAAGGCUUUAAGUGUUAGAUAUGGAGCAGAAGUUGUUUGAUUCAAGGUCUGUUUCUGCGUCUGAAAUGGUGUGUUUGGGGAGGACUUGCCCGAAUCCAAUUUCAAAGUACCAGGAUGGUGUCAAAAUCUUGCGGCAGUUCCUUUCGUACAGAGGAGUUUUGCUGAAGGCUUCUUAUUUAACUUCAAGAACUUCACAAAAAACUAUGAAUUCAGUCAACCAAGAUGAAUUUGCCGUGGUAAAUGGUUCAUCUCAGAUUAUCAAAGCAAAUGGUGCAAGCUCAAGUCCAUUCACUAGAGAAAGAAUUGUAAUGGAUGCCUUUGAGGAUGAAUAUGAGGGGGUUGUCAUUAAACCAGAAAAAUUACCACCUAAUCCGAAUACCUUUGCUUCUAUUCUACGGUCAUCUCUUUCUCAUUGGAAAAGGAAGGGAAAGAAGGGCGUUUGGCUCAAGUUACCUAUAGAGCUGUCUGAGCUUGUUCCUGUUGCUGUGAAGGAAGGAUUCAGAUAUCACCAUGCAGAGCCAGGAUAUGUAAUGUUGACAUACUGGAUUCCUGAAGGACCUUGCAUGCUCCCUGCUAAUGCUUCACAUCAAGUUGGGGUCGGGGGGUUUGUAAUCAAUGAGAAAAAUGAGGUUCUUGUUGUGCAAGAGAAGCACUGUACUCCAGCAUUUGCUGGACUUUGGAAACUACCAACUGGUUUCAUUCUUGAGUCAGAGGAGAUCUUUACCGGUGCUGUAAGAGAAGUCAAAGAGGAAACCGGUAUUGAUACAGAAUUUGUGGAGGUGAUUGCUUUUAGACAUGUUCAUCAUGUGGCUUUUGGAAAGUCAGAUUUAUUCUUCAUAUGCAUGCUGAGACCUCUAUCAACUCAGAUCAUAGUAGAUGAUAUGGAGAUUCAAGCUGCCAAGUGGAUGCCUCUUGUUGAAUUUGUGGAGCAGCCACUCAUCCAAGGAGACAACAUGUUCAAGAAAAUCAUUGACAUCUGUAUUGCACGACUUGGGAAGAGUUACUGUGGAUUAUCUGUUCAUCAAGUUGUAUCAAUGUUUGAUGGAAGGUCAUCAUCCCUGUACUAUAAUGUUGUUGAUACAAAAGAUUCCAACUGUCUAGGCAAUUGAAGACACUCAACUCCACUCCAAGGCCCAUGUAAUUCAUCUUUCCUGUGGUUUCUGCAAUGUGCCUCUUUAGUUUUAUUUUCUUUUCUUAAUUCAUAAUCUAGGAUUGAACUUAGGACCUUGAUGUUGGAACAUUGGGUCCUCACUACAAGUAUAUAGCACAUGACACCAUGAGUGAAUACCAUUUGUUGUAACAUAUUUCUGAGAAUACUUUUCAAUGUAUAUAGUAUAUAAUAUACAUAUUUUAUUGUA